AUGUCCAACGAUGUGUCUAUGUUCUCAGACGAUGAACCUACCAGCACUACACCAGAGGCAAACGGACACGGACAACCUGUGACGAAUGGAAAUGGUGCCAGCCAGAACGACGACCACGAUAUGAGUGACGAUGACGAUUUGCCUUUGUCUCAAACAACUCGUAAGGACGCCACGUCGCUCCCUCCGCGCAACCUUAAACGCAAGAAACCUGUUUAUGCGGAAAGCUCGAGCGAUGACGACACGCCCCUAGCUUCUUCUCCUGCAAAGCCCCCUAAAGCCAAUGGAAAGGCGAAAGUGAGGGUCGAGGGGGGUGAUGCGAACGUUGUACCCGAAUCUGAGAGCGACGAGCCUCGCAGCAGGCCAAAGGCAAAUGGUCGGGCUUCGAAACCUCCCAGAAAGAAAGUCAAGGAGAAGGAUGCCAUUGACGAGGACGAGAAACCUGCCGGUUCUAAGAAGCGUGCUCCAGUUAAGAAGCGCAAACCGAAGGCCGAAAGUGAUGCAGAGGAGGAUGCACCGCCAACAAAGGCCGCAACGAAACCACGACGAAAGAAAGUGAAAGAGGAAGACGAUCAGUCUGAAGCCGAGACCCCGAAGCCGAAGAAGGGUGGAAAGGCGAGAAAGGCCGACUCAGAGAGUAAAGAGGUGAAAUCUCCGACGAAAAAGAGCAAGAAGGAGAAGGAGCAAGAGGAGCAAGAGGAAAUCUUCAGGUGGUGGGAUAAUCAAGACCCCGAAGGUGAUGGUACUCUCAAAUGGACCACUCUCGAGCACCACGGCGUCUUGUUCCCCCCACCCUACGAGCCAUUACCAUCUUCGACAAAAAUGAAGUAUAAUGGUGUUGAAGUUGACUUGCCGCCGGAAUCAGAGGAAGUUGCUGGUUUCUAUGGAGCUCUUCUUGAAACAGACCACGCGAAAGACGCAACUUUCAACAAGAACUUCUUCGAGGAUUGGAAGACGGUCUUGAAGAAGUUCCCGCCUAGGAACGGUGUCAAGAUAACGAAUUUCGACCUUUGUGACUUCCGUCCAAUGUUCGAGUAUUUCGAGAGCGAAAAGGUGAAGAAGAAGGCUAUGACUACCGAAGAGAAAAAGGCGGCCAAAAAAGCGAAAGAUGAAAUGGAGGCUAAAUAUGCGACCUGUUUGUUGGAUGGACGUAAAGAGAAAGUAGGAAACUUCAGAGUUGAACCACCUGGAUUGUUCAGAGGCCGUGGUGAACACCCUAGGAAAGGCGCGCUUAAACACCGCCUCCGACCCGAAGAUAUUACAAUCAAUCUCGGGACUUCUGCCCCUAUACCGGUCCCUAACAUGCCUGGAGAGUGGAAGGCUGUCACCCAUGAUAAGACUGUCACUUGGCUUGCAACUUGGACGGAAAACAUCAACGGUAAUCACAAAUAUGUCUUCCUGGCUGCUGGAAGCUCGCUCAAAGGUCAGAGCGACAUGCAGAAAUUCGAGAAGGCUCGCGAGUUGAAGAACCAUGUCGAUCGUAUCCGUGCGAACUAUACUAGUGAUUUGAAGUCGAAGGUCAUGGCAGAUCGCCAAAGGGCGACUGCCAUGUACUUCAUCGACAAGCUCGCUCUUCGUGCUGGCAACGAAAAAGGCGAGGAUGAAGCCGACACCGUCGGUUGUUGUUCACUUCGUUGUGAACAUGUUACCCUUGAAGCUCCAGAUUUCAUUAUCUUCGACUUCCUGGGAAAGGAUUCAAUCCGCUAUUAUAAUAGAGUCCAGGUUGAACCUCAAGUUUUCAAGAACAUCCGGAUUUUCAAAGAGAAUAAGAACGAUGAUGACAACCUCUUCGAUCGCGUGACCACAAGUUCUCUGAACAAGCACCUGAACAACGAGAUGAAGGGGCUGACUGCAAAGGUUUUCCGUACAUUCAAUGCUUCCAUUACGUUCCAACGCCUCUUAGAUGAAGAAGACUUAGAAGGUGCUACGCUCCAGGAGCGACUAGCUGCCUACAAUAAGGCAAAUCGACAAGUGGCCAUUCUCUGUAACCAUCAGCGUAGCGUGCCCAAAACUCAUGACCAAUCCAUGGAGCGAAUGCGCCUUAAGGAGCGGGCCUUCAAAUACGACAGAAUGAAGCUGCGCCAUGGUUUAUUUGCAAUUGAUUCCAAAUACAAGAAGGACCCAAGAUAUAAGGAUGAUGAAAGCGACCUUGAUGACGAGUGGAUCGUUGAGCAUGAGGAAGGCCUGAAGACGAAAGAGAUCGAGAAGGUGGAGAAGAAAUUCGCUAAGGAAAACGAGAAGCGUCAAGAGGACAACGAGAAACCUCAGGACGAGUCGGUUUUGAAGGCACGUAUUGCGGAAAUCACCAAAGAGUUCGAACAACUAGCCAAAGAGCGUGGGACGAAGAAAGCUGCCAUGAAACGGGACCGCUCUGCAGAGAAGCUAGAGGAGGCCAUCGACAAACUCACCCAGAAGAUCAAGGCUUUCAAGUUGCAAAUCAGCGAUCGCGAUGCGGGCAAAGAAGUUGCUCUUGGAACGAGUAAAAUCAACUACCUAGAUCCACGGAUUACAGCUGCGUGGUGCAAGAAGCAUGACGUUCCCAUCGAGAAGUUAUUCUCGAAGACCUUACUGACCAAAUUCCCUUGGGCAAUGGAGGCUGAGGAGGAGUGGAAAUUCUAG